UAUAAAUGGAGGCCUCAGUAGAAGACCUUGAAAGUUACAGACCUGUGUGAAGAGAAAGUGGAAAGCCAUUGAGAGUAAAGAAGAAUGAGGGGAAGGAUGGCCUGAGAGGAUUGGACAAGAGUGAAGGGGUAGAGCUAGGGAAGGAUGGAGAAGUGCUGAAGAGAGAUAAGAGGGUAGAAGCAGAAGAGGAGUGUAAGGAUGAGGGUAUAAAGGAAUGUGUUGAAACACAUGAAGUAGGGACUGAUCCAAUUUCUUUAUCUCUUCAAACUUCUCAAGCAAAACAAAAGAUCAACUAUUCUAAAAUUGACUCUGACUCUGAAUACUAUGACCAGCUCCAAUUGAACCAACUAAACUCAAAAUUUUAUUCUGAUUUUUCCAAAGCUAUAAUGGAUGAGGAACAACUGGAAUAUUUUUUAAUUAACAAUUGGCUAUCUCUCGAUCUGAAAAAUUCAACAAAUAAUUUCUUUUGAAAGAAGAUGCUAAAUGUUCCCCUCGGACCAAAAAGAGGAAUUACUUUUAAUGACCUGUCGAAACCCAACAAGCAUAUUAAGAACUUUCUGACAAACUGUAUUCCCCCAAAUGGAGUCCAAAUCCUGAUCCUCAAAGCUGCCAUCCUCUGAAAGAUAGAUGCAUACCUUCCUAUCAUCCUCCAUCUCAGCUCUAAAAUUCCUAAAAGGAUCUCUCUUACCAAUUUUAAGAUCAGCUCAAUGCAGCUGAAGAGGUUCUUAGGGGCUAAUAGGCAGAAGAAAGCUAUGGAGUUUACUUACUGCAAGUUCUCGUUCAAGACUGUUCCUGACUUUGAUAGGUACCUGGAAAGAACGGAGAUUCAGAGGAUGUACUUCUGAUGAUGAGAGGAGGAUGGGUUUAGUGACUGGGUUAAUCAUCCAGAGGAAUUCGAGAAUUUUAUCAAUGGCCUUUCGCAGUCAGACCUGAAGGAUUCGCUACAACAAGUAGGCUAUGGAUGGAAAUGUGAGCUUAAACGAAGCUAUGUGGUUUCGAUAUUUGAAAAGUAUGGGCUAGGGCAUGUGAGGAUUCAUGGGAAUUUUCAGCAUUAA